UCAGAAAUUUGAUGAACGCAAAUAAAGCUAUUGCAGAAAAGGUGAGAUGAACUUAUUCAUUAAUUUACCCUUGAAGGGGCAAUGCACCCUGAUGCGCCCUACUUUAGUAUUUUACUCUGUCUAACACCAGACGAUUUUACUCGUCAAUGCACCAUUUGCAUUAUAGACUAAAUUUUGAUCUAGGCAAAAAUUUCAUCACAACUUGAAAGAGUAUCACAAAAUUAGUAAUAUUCCAAAGUUUCGUUGCGAAAUGUUGUAAAAUGCGGAUAAUAUAGCCUUGCGAAGUUUGCCGUUUUUCAGUCAUUUUGUAUUACGCACGGGAAAUUGACCGCCCAAUACCUGUUGGGGCAUCAAUUUCCCGUUUGUAAUACAAAAUGACUAAAAAUUGCAAAUUUUGCAAGGCUAUAUUAUCCGCAUUUUACAACAUUUCGCAACGAAACUUUGGAAUAUUACUAAUUUUGGAAUGCUCUUUCAAGCUGUGAUGAAAUGUUUGUCUAGAUCAAAAUUUAGUCUAUAAUGCAAAUGGUCCAUUGGAGAGUGCUGCCACUCAAUGGGUUAACCAAACAAACAGCCCAUACAUCCUUGAUGCGCCCUACUUGAGUAUUUUAAUCUGUCUAACGCCAAGUGGAGAGCGCUGCCACUCAAUGGGUUAAACAUUUUUUUACCGUUUUCAACAGGCGGACAUUGUAAUGCGAUAUAACACAUUUUGGUUUCAUUUUAUUCACAAUAAAAACGUUUUACUCAUUAUUUUCUUAAUGAUCGACAGCUUGUUGAAAGCAAGAUUUUCGAAAUUCUUCUGGCACUGUCCCAGGAUGCAACGCUGGACGCAAAUAUAAAAGAAGCCGUCAUGGACAGUUUGGGGAAAGCGAAAGCCUGGGAACUAAUUAAGAAAGCCCCCAAAGAAAACUGAAUUGGUGAUAAGUGAAAAAUUAAUAUUUAAUCGAAGAAACACCGGGUAUCCCCUAAAAAGUCCCCCUAUAUAGAACUCACUCUUUUGUUGUUGGACGUGCCUUGUUAUACCGCUGGGAAUUUAAAAUAGCUUGUAAAACGAACAGCAACACAAAAAUGUCAAAAUACAAAUUCGUCUAUCGUCAGUUCGAGUAAGAAUGGUUCAAAUGACUACAAAGCAACGAGUAUUUGUCGUAACAAUUUAUACGUGAACGCAAAGUGUAACCGAAGUGUUAAAUUAUUUGGACGAAGGGAAGUUGUAAAUACUUCCGCCGUUCAUGUACAAUUAAAUUAAAUCCACAAAGGUAUAAUAACGCACAAGAGUGAUUUCUAAAGAGGGAAUUUUUUUUUUUUGGGGGGGGGGACACCCUGUAUAUGGUUGAAUUAACCAGAUUAUUUUAGAUGGACUAUUAACCAAGAAUUCUUGGUUACCGCUACCAUUGAGGGACCAUUAACCAAUCAGAUGCAUUAAUUUAAUCUACCCGAUUGACCAAUGAGAUGCGUACUUAGUAUGAGGUAGUGGCCAGACUAUAGACCAAUUGCACUGACGUCACAAAUCCUUAGAGUGUCCUCCAGAUGCUCCCUAACAAUAUCUGUUCGGGUACAACAACCACAUACAGCGC